GAUACCAUUGCGGUUGCUCUCUUCUCUCCAUUUUCUCCUAAACACACUCUUAACUCAGAUUAUUCACAUUUCCGUAAACAAACGCACACACCUGACCCCCCCUCAAAAACACACAAAAAAAAACGUAACGCUGUGCUUACGACGCGCAUCAUGGAGGACCAAGCCGUCAGCAGCAAUGCCAGUUCCGUAAGCGACGACAGCCAGCCGCCGAUGGAGGUGAACUACCCUCUCAACGAGGAGGUCGAGGUGCCGGACACGAACGGCGGUCUACACAAGACGGUCCUGGUGGAGGGCACCGGUGCACGGCCGGUGAAGGGUGCAAAGGUGUCGGUGCACUACGUCGGCACGCUCGAGGACGGGACGAAGUUUGAUAGCAGCCGCGACCGUGGCGAGUACUUCGACUUCACCCUCGGCCGUGGCCAGGUCAUCAAAGGCUGGGAUAAAGGUGUGGCCACCAUGCACAUUGGUGAGAAAGCAAUUCUGAAGUGCUCACCCGAGUACGGCUACGGUGCCAGCGGCAGCCCGCCGAAGAUCCCUGCGAACGCCACGUUGCUCUUCGAGGUGGAACUCUUCGCGUGGAGUCGCGAGGUGGACAUCUCCGCCGCAAAGGACAAGUCUCUAAUGAUGGACGUGCUGAAGGACGGUGUCGAGUACGAGAACCCAGCCUUUGAGUCGUCCGUCACGAUGGAUGUUCGAAUUUAUGUGGGGAAGUUUGACCCAGAGGGCGAGGAGGAGGAGCACGUUCCGGUGAAGGCGCUGCCGAACUGGGAGGUCGUGGUCGGCGUCACACCGUUGCCGCCGUACUUGGAGGACUUCCUUCACAAGAUGCGCAAGCAGGAGGCGGCGGCGUGCCGCGUGCGCAGCGACCUCAUCCAAGACGCCGUGCCAGAGUUCGGCAUCCCGUCGAGCGCGGACCGCAACCAUCUGGACGUAACGUACGUGGUGGAGGUGAGCGCGAUGAGCCGAUCGAAGACGUACGACUUCGACGGUCUGCCGAAGAUCGCGGAGGGCGAGAAGCGAAAGGAUGCCGGCAACGACGCCUUCAAGGCGGGCGAUCUUGUCCUUGCGGAGAAGUACUACCGCCGCGCCCUCGAGUUUGUCGGUGAGGACUACGGCUACGACGACGCCGACAAGCCGGCGUGCCACCGGGUUCGCAUCAGCGUCAUGGGCAACCUCGCCCAGGUGCUUCUGAUGCGCGAGAAGUACGCCGACUCCGCAGAUUUCUCGCGGAAGGUGCUUGGCCUUGACGCUGAAAACACCAAAGCCCUGUUCCGCCUUGCCAAGGCGCAGGACGGGAUGCAGGACUGGGAUGCUGCCAUGAAGAAUGUGAGCAAGAUCCUCGCGGCCGAUCCCAGCAACACUGACGCUGCGGCCUUGAAGUCGAAGAUCCAGCAGUCACAGAAAGCGUAUGAUCAGAAGCAGAAGUCCAUGUUCAAGAAGUUGUUCUCGUAG